GCGGAACCAGAAUAAGUCAGUGGUUUUGCACAAGCAGAGUCCAGUUUGAAUGAGAAGAAAGGAGGAGCCGGAGGACAAACACCCAGGAAUAGCCGAGCUCCAGACAGACGUCCACCUGCAGCCAUGAGGACUACGUGAGCCCCCCCUGCUGUAGCCCUUGUCUGUGUCACUCUGUGGGCAAGAGAAGGGAGGGCGAGGAGAGCGGCGAUAGCGGCGACAUACAGGCAUCUGUGGGCACCAUGGCGGAAGACAGGAACAGGAGAGCCCUGCUGGAGCUGGCCCGCAAGCCGGAGAACACAGUGUGUGCUGACUGCGGGGCCCCAGAUCCAGACUGGGCUUCAUAUACUAUUGGGGUAUUCAUUUGCCUGAAUUGUUCCGGAAUUCACCGCAAUAUUCCUCAGAUCAGUCGAGUGAAAUCUGUCCGCUUAGACCCGUGGGAUGAUGUACAGAUUGAAUACAUGUCAUGUCUGGGAAAUAAAGUAGCAAAAGCAAAGUUUGAGUCUAAAGUGCCAGCAUUUUAUUACAAGCCAAGAGCGUCUGACUGCCAAGUGCUCCGUGAGCAGUGGAUUAGAGCCAAGUACGAGAGGAAAGAGUUCAUCUACAUUGAGAAGCAGGAGCCGUAUUCUGCAGGUUACCGAGAAGGAUUACUAUGGAAGAGGGGACGAGACAACGGGCAGUUUCUCAGCAGGAAGUUUGUACUUUCAGAAAGGGAAGGAGCGCUCAAGUAUUUUAAUAAAAAUGAUGCAAGAGAGCCCAAAGCAAUUAUAAAGAUCGAGCACUUAAACGCCACUUUCCAGCCGACCAAAAUAGGAAACCCCAACGGUCUGCAGAUCACUUACCUACGGGACAACAGCACCAGGAAUAUCUUUGUAUACCAUGAGGAUGGCAAGGAGAUCGUUGAUUGGUUCAAUGCUAUCCGAGCGGCGCGGUUUCACUAUUUACAAGUGGCUUAUCCUAUAGCAGUGGAUGUGGAUUUGGUGCCAAAGCUGACAAGGAACUUUCUCAAAGAGGGAUUUAUGGAAAAGACUGGUCCAAAGCAUACAGAAGGCUUUAAAAAGAGAUGGUUCACCUUGGAUGACAGGAGAUUAAUGUACUUCAAAGACCCUAUGGAUGCCUUCGCCAGAGGAGAAGUGUUCAUUGGGAGCACCGAAAAUAACUAUAAAGUAGAAGAAGGACUUCCUCCCUCCACACAAGGGAAUCACUGGCAGUACGGCAUCACCAUUACUACACCUGACAGGAAGUUCCUGUUUACGUGUGAGAGCGACACUGACCGCACAGAUUGGAUCUCGGCCUUCCAGAAAGUUCUCAAUAAGCCUAUGCUUCCCCAGGAGUACGCAGUGGAAGCUCAUUUCAAGCAUAAACCAUAGUGCAAGACGUUUCCCACAACUGUUUACAUGAAUGCACAAGGUUUACAGCAAAAGGAAAGAGCAUCCAUAAAGUGACGUGGAAAAGGGGAACAAUCCAAAUAAUUGUGAUCAUAUCAGCACUGACCAGAAGCAGCUCUGCAGUACAGAUAGCCAAUUUCCACUACAGAUGUUCAGUCCAGGACUGAGCAUGUCAGCAUAAUGUCCGUCUUAAUGUCUUGUGCCAUCCUGUGUGUCCACCAGACUGGAGGAGAUGACCCAUGGCCAUGUCUAGGCUGGUGAUUGGGUGAACAUUCCUUGAUGUCCGUUCCAUUCAUCACCGUCUUCUAUACAGAUCAUGGAGCUGAACGUUUUUAGUGAAAUGUACUGAUCUUAUCUCCUCAAGCUGGAAAUAUGUUGAAUAGGCCAAGAUGAAUUCCUAGACUGAGAUGGAAUACCGAUAAAGAAGGACACCCUCCACCAUGGCAUGAGAACAGGAUCGGGAGCGCAUGAUCUAUGCUGGAUGCCAAGACUACAGAGGAUCGGCAGAUUUGCUCUUCAUUUAGGCACAAUAAGCUUUUUACUCCCAUGGCCCAUGUUUUAUAUCAGUUUAGUAUCCUGAAGUCCUCUUCCGCAUAAUGUCCUUUUGGGCCACAAUGGUGCUUGGUGGAAACUUUCAAGGAGCCCUGAAGAAGUCAUGGCUGCUAUGUUUAGAAACUGGUUGAGAUCCCAGCCCAUAAACCAUCACCAACGCUAUCUUUAAAUGCUA